AUGGGGAGAGAAAUAGUCAUUGGCCUAGUAGGCAAACCAUCAAGUGGCAAGUCCACCACCUUGAACUCUCUCACAGACGCCAAUGCCAAAGUCGGCGCUUUCCCCUUUACGACAAUCGAUCCCAACAAGGCCACGGGCUACCUUGAAAUCGAUUGCGCUUGCAAAAGAUUCAACAAACAAGACAAAUGUAAACCCAAUUACGGCUAUUGUCGGAAUGGCAAAAGAGGAGUACCGAUGAUGUUGCUAGAUGUCGCGGGUCUAGUGCCGAAUGCUCAUUUGGGUCGAGGCUUGGGCAACAAGUUCUUGGGCGAUUUGACUGAGGCCGACUGUUUGAUCCACAUUGUUGACGCCAGCGGCACUACUGACGCCGAGGGGAAAGCUACGCGAGGAUACGACCCUUUGAACGAUAUCGAGUGGUUGCAGAAUGAGAUUUUCGAAUGGAUCAUGGGCAAUUUGAAAGAACGAUGGGGGUCGGUGGUGCGCAAACAUGUGGGGACGAAACAGACCACUUUGGAGACUUUGAGGCAGCAGCUUGGUGGAUACGUUGCCAAUACGAAAUUGAUAGCUCAGGCGUUGGAUAUAAUACCGAAUUUGCCGCCUUUGCAAGACUGGGAUGACGAAAUGCUCGGGAAUGUCGUGCGGGCAUUCAUGCAGGUGAAAUUCCCCACGGUGUUGUCACUAAACAAGAUGGAUCACCCUGACUCGGAUAAGAAUGUAUCGAAAAUCAUUUUAAAAUACCCCAAGUCCAAGGCUGUGCUUUGUUCUUCGAUAACCGAGGUUUUCUUGAGGAAGCUAGUAGCGCAGAAUUUUAUCAAGUACGACCCGGGAACGGAGUUCGUCGACACCAAGGAGGAUUUACCCGAUGAUGCCAGUUUGAAACCUUUGGAUGAGAAAUUAAAGAAUCGAAUCGAGAAUAUUAGAGAUUUGGUGCUAUAUAGGUUUGGCUCGACCGGAGUUGUUCAACUACUUCAAGCUGCAGCCGAGUUAUUGCAAUUGGUGCCCGUUUACCCCGUGAGGAACAUACAUAACUUUACAGGAAACUCUGGCGAUUUUGUCUUUCGUGAUUGCUUGUUGGUUAAAAAGGGAACUCCCGUGAUAUCAGUUGCGAGAAAGAUUAUGGGCGACGUGACGAUUGCGGCAAUUGAAGGUGUUGGCGGGAUUAGGAUUGGCGAGGAAGAUACGGUUGACGUUGGGAAGAAUGAUAUUUUGUCCUUUAAAUUGGUGCCAGGAAGCCGCAACUAA